AUGCUGGUGAAGGUGAAUUAUCUUCAGGUGAAGAAAUACAUCAAAUUGCAAGAUGGGUUCACAUUUGAGGAGUUUCUAAACGAAGAUUUGAUAAUUAAAAUUUCACCACCAAGUACAUGCACUGAUCCACUUUCAAACUCCAGUGAUGUAGAAGGGUUGGAGAGAACUAAACUGAACCCGUCUGCAAGCUCAAACUUUAAUAAUGGCAGAGAAAUCACAAGUGCUGAAAAGGCAAAACAGAUUGUUCAAAAUGCCCUGAAACAGAAACCUGUUGGUUUGGAUGUUCUCGAAGAAUAUGAGCUAACUAAAACACUGAAGCACAGCACAAGACGACAGCUUGUUAAUGUUCUUGUUAGCCAUAUGACAGAGGUUCAUGGGAGGAUUCCCACACUUAAACAGAGAGAGACGUAUGCCUUGGGCAUUGUUUCUCUUUUCCCUGCUCUAAGAGACCCAUAUUCAUCGAAGGGCUAUUUAAAUCAAGACUUUAUUUUGCUGUUUAAUGCUGAAACAUCUGCAAAAUUGCUUGAGCAGUGGGAGAUGGCAUUCAAGCCAAAAGUCAUUGAAGAAGCAAAGUCUCUCACUUUGACAGCAGAACUUCAAAGUCACAUCAGUGCAGCAGAGAAACAACAGUCUGAACACGAAUGGGACAGUGACAUUUCCUCUUUCUUGUUGCUGUUGCAUUUGCUACCACCUUCUGCAGGGAGAAAGAAAGUUAAAAUCAGUCCCACUGAUGCUGUUGACAGGCUUGUACAUUUUCAGAAGGUGAAUUACAACGUGGGAUCAAUAAUAUAUGCCAAGACUGAUUUUUCUAAGGUUUUAUGGACUGAUGAAAUGAGAGUGAGUCUUGAUGGGCCAGAUGGAUGGGCCCGUGGCUGGAUUGGUAAAGGGCAGAGAGCUCCAGUCCGACUCAGACGCCAGCAAGGUGGAGGUGGAGUACUGGUUUGGGCUGGUAUCGUCAAAGAUGAGCUUGUGGGGCCAUUUCGGGUUGAGGAUGGAGUCAAGCUCAACUCCCAGUCCUACUGCCAGUUUCUGGAAGACACCUUCUUCAAGCAGUGGUACAGGAAGAAGUCUGCAUCCUUCAAGAAAAACAUGAUUUUCAUGCAGGACAAUGCUCCAUCACACGCGUCCAAGUACUCCACAGCGUGGCUGGCAAGAAAGGGUAUAAAAGAAGAAAAACUAAUGACAUGGCCUUCUUGUUCCCCUGAUCUGAACCCCAUUGAGAACCUGUGGUCCAUCAUCAAAUAUGAGAUUUACAAGGAGGGAAAACAGUACACCUCUCUGAACAGUGUCUGGGAGGCUGUGGUGAUGGUGAACAGAUCAAAACACUGA